AUGUCAUGUGCAACUAUUGAUAAUGUCGACUUAACUGUUGAAGAAGUAGCAGACAAAUCAAAAUGUGAUUUGUUUCAUAAAUCAAUUUCAUUCGGAAUUUCUAAUUAUUACAAACGUUUUGUCACGCUUAAAUUAAGCAGCGAAGAAUAUCACAAACUUGUCAAAUGGACGAAAGUCUAUCUUAAACAAAUUAAAUUUGAUUCUGCCGACCUACUUAUAUGCUCACAAAUUCUUAUAAAUGAAGCAGCUGAAUAUAAUUUUGAUGGGAAUUCUUCAAUGGAUUUACUUACAAAUUUUUUGACAUAUGAUAUGAGUUAG